GUUGGUCUUAUUCAUAAAGAGCGCUUUGGAGGAACUAGAAUGCUAGUUGCUAGGCAACUAGAGAAAAUUAGCAGGAAAAACAAGUAAUUGCCUAGCAACGAGCUGCUAACUAGAUGUGCAUUCAAAUUUGAACGAAAUCAGUGUAAACGUUUUUGAUUGAACAUUAUAGAGUUCAGUGGAUUGAACCCAAUUUCAAAACGCGCCAAUGGCAGGGGGCGGUGUGAUGUGUGAUGUCAACUCACCUAGUCGAAGAUGAAUGAGAUUAUUGCGGGAUUUAUAAAUAUGUGAGCGGCGAUCAGCGGAUUUUAUCAAUGUCUGUGGUUAUUGAAACGACAAUUGGUGACAUAACUGUAGAUUUGUUUCUCAAGGAAAGGCCAAGGGCCUGUCAAAACUUUCUGAAGCUAUGUAAGCUGAAGUAUUAUAAUUUCUGCUUAUUUCACACUGUCCAGCGCGACUUUAUAGCUCAGACUGGUGACCCUGAAGGCACUGGAAAAGGAGGAACAAGUCUGUAUGGAAUUUUGUAUGGUGAUCAGGCCAAAUAUUUUGAAGCUGAAAAGACUCCAAAGCUGAAGCAUCAGAACACUGGCACUCUAUCAUUUGCCAGCCAUGGAGGCCACAUGCUCGGCUCUCAGUUUUUCUUCACGCUCGCCGAGCAGCUGGAUUACCUGGAUGGCGAACACUGUGUGUUCGGACAGGUGGUUGAAGGGCUGGACGUACUCGUCAAACUCAACUCGGCCAUCUGCGAUGACAAGCACCAGCCUUACCAGGAUAUACGCAUCACACACACGGUGGUGCUGGACGAUCCGCUGGACGACCCGGCCGGACUGCAGCCGCCCGACCGCUCGCCUCCGCUCACCGACGACAUCCUCAACUCGGGUCGGAUUGCCGCCGAUGAGGACCUCGAGGAGUCGGGCGGACGCACCGCCGAAGAGCUCGAGGAGCUCAUCGAGGACCGCGAGGCCCGGGCGCGCGCCACCAUUCUGGAGAUGGUGGGCGACCUGCCGGACGCCGACUCGGCCCCGCCGGAGAACGUGCUGUUCAUCUGCAAACUGAACCCGGUGACCACCGAUGAUGACCUGCAGAUCAUCUUCUCCCGGUUCGGCAGGGUGGUCAGCUGUGAAAUAAUUCGGGACCAGAAGACGGGCAACUCGCUGCAGUACGGUUUCAUCGAGUUCGACAACCCCAAGUCGUGCGAGAACGCCUACUUCAAAAUGGACAACGUGCUGAUCGACGACCGUCGCAUCCACGUCGACUUCUCUCAGUCCGUUUCCAAAGUGAAGUGGCGCGGCCGCGGCAAAAUCUCCUACGAGAGUGGCACCUCGGCCGCCGAGCUUGCUCAGAUGGGCGGCGGUGGCGGCGUGGGUGGCCGAGGCCGAGGUCGGGGCGGCGGCAGGGGUCGCGGCGGCAGAGGCGGGCCACCCGGCCGGCCCACAGCGCACGCCCGGGACGGCGGCGACAGGUACCAAGACCGGGGCCGUGGCUACAGGAACCAUGGAGACAGAGACCGUGACAGAGACCGUGGAGACAGAGACCACGUCGACAGAGGUCGCGGAGACAGGGACCGCGGCGGCGGGGAGCAGCGCCGCUCCAAAGACGCUGGCCGUGACGGCAGCAGACUGGACGUCGGCCAGCUGAAGGCGCUACUGGCGGGCGAAAAAGAGAAGAGUGACAGCGAGGGCUCCACCCACGGAGCGCGGCACAACAAAAAGGCGAAGAAACAUAAAAAGAAGUCCCGCAGAGACAGUUCUGAUCACGAUGAUUCCAGUGGUAGUGAUUCAAUUACUACAAAGGGAAGUAGGAAACAGCGUCAGAGAUCCCCUGACGUGGACACAAGAAUGAAACGAGAGAAUGAAGUGAGGAAUAAGAGGCAGCGGUCUCCGAGUCCUGAUGCGAGGACUCCCAGGAAAGAAAGCUCUCGCGACAAGAGGCGUCAUUCACGUAGUCCAGACGAUCGUUCUCGAAGGAGAGACGAUAUCCGAGACAAAAAGAGGAGAUCUCGAAGCCCAGAGGAGCGACGGUCAACGAAGGGCGAUUCUCGGUCCGAAACUUUACGAUCUCGAAGUCCACGGCAGAGACCCAGGAAGGAAGACGACCGCGACAAUAGGAGACCACUCCGCAGCCCCGAUGCGAGAAGAGAUCGGCGAGACGGCAGUGACCGGAGGCGGCCCUCCAGUCCGGACAACAGGCGUCCCGAGCCGGCGGUCCGUGAGAGAAGGGGACGCUCUCCCAGUCCCGACGCGAGGCGCAGCAAACGGGACGAGCCACGGGGACGAUCGGUCGAUUCCGACAAGGGUGAUGAUAGACGGAGCAGUAAGAAACGGCGAGACGAGUCCACUGAGAAACCGGACAAACGCCCUCGUAAGAGCAAGAAACACGGCGACAAAGAUGGUGACCGUGAAAAGAAAAGGAAAAAGAAGAAGAAGCGACGACGUUCCACGAGUUCGGAAAGCAGCUCGAGUUCGGAGGAGUCAUCAGGUGAUGAUAGGCGGAAAAAGUCGAAACGGAGGUGAUUUCAUCAGCCAUCAUACUUCAUUUGAAUCAUAAUUGUGAAUUAAUACACAUGAGGGUACAAACGGA